CUCAGAAUCAGUUGGAUUCUUACGCGCGCUUACUUUGUUACGCUGUUCGAUUGCUGACGCUGCAGCUGGAUUUUUUUUUUAACUUUUACAAACGCAUUCUUAUUUAUGUAAAUCGCUUAGUUGGAAAGAGUUUUAACUAUUCCUUCGCGCUCUGUAUGGACUGCACGGUGGGUGUACUCUGUUGCGCGUAUCGGUGUGCUGCCUAAUUGCCGUGUGGCUAAGUGCUGUGAAUUUCAAUUGGAACGAAGACGUUUGUUGCAACAAAUUGUUGAAACAACUAAAAAUUGUGCGCUUUGCUCAGUUCGUUUGUGUGGCGGUGUGCGAUAGAAAAUGUGUCACUAGCAAAUUGUGGCUAUUUGUAAGUGUCGACCGUGGCCGAGAAAAGUGCUCUUCCUCUUCGGUUGGUUGGAAAUGUGAGAAGUGUGACAAAAACUUGGUGAAACAACAACAACAAAAACAAUAAAAACGAUAUUAAACAACUUAAAAAUUUGAAUUUGAAUAAUAUGUAUUGUUUUCAACUGCAGCUUGCUGAAUGCAAAUAAAGUGUGCUGAAUACGGAAUCGAAAAAUAUUUUAAAUCCAAAACGUGAAAAAUUACACAUUUAAACAGUAGCCGCUUUUAAAUAAAAGAAAGAAGAAAAGGAGGCGUGUACAAUCAUCGGCAUAAAGUACUCGUACUUAAGUGAAACGGAUACGAAGAAACGGUGCGGCAGCGUAGCAGGAAAGUCUUAGUGGAAAAGUGCUGCUGCUGAAGAGCGAAGAUGGGUGUGGUGAGCGGUGGCGCAGCAGCGUGUGUGCUGCUACUCUGCUGCUCCUUGAGUAGCCCCACAUUGGCUCACAUUCGCAUCGAUGCACCAGAAGUGCAUGCCAUCGAACCGGCAUCCCACACCGCGUCGAGUUUUGUGCGUUCAGCUGUGGAAAGCAUUCCUGCUGAAGACCAGGCUAUGUUAACACUCAGCCGCUUCAGCAUGCGUCCUUCAUUUGGUGAUGUCUUUUUACCCCUGCGUAGCGCAGUUGAAAGCGUACCUUCGGUGGAUUUGCAUAAACUCAGUGAAUUGACUGAUUCCCUGGGAGUACGCUCGUUCAUACGUGACUCAGUUGAGGCGUUACCAGCGGAUGGUGACGACGAUGAAGAUGAAGAUACAGAAUUGGUGGCGAAUGCAGAAUUAAUACGUAGCACCGCUGCUACUCAUACAGAAGGCGCAUCCGCAUACGAACGGGAAACUGAUGUGGAGGCAUUUGCCGCACCUGAUCCCUGGACUGUGUCGGACAAAUAUGCUGCUUUUGCCGCGCCAUCGCUGGAUAAGAAGUACUUGCCCCAACCUUACCGCGCUGACUCACCCUAUCAACAGCUUUUGAAUCCCAAGGAAGUGGAACACUUCGACCAACUCGACGAUGUGGAGCUACUGCGCGAGCAAUUCGGUUAUGGUGCGCUGACGCAUAGUCAAAACGGUGAUAUUGGUGAAUAUUAUGGUGCGCCAACACACUUGAAAUCUGCACCACCUGCGCGUAAGAAUUACAACAAUUCGCCGAAGGUGCUAUGUCACAUCACCAAUUGGGCAUUCUAUCGAAAGGCGGAUGGCAAAUUCGUGCCGGAAAAUUUGGACACCAGCCUAUGUACUACCAUCAUUUACUCCUUCGCAUCACUGGAUCCUGAUCACUUGACCAUCAAAGAGUUUGAUCCAUGGGUAGAUGUAGAGAACCAAUACUAUAAUCGUGCUGUGGAAUCGGGGGUACCGGUUAUGAUUGCCUUGGGUGGGUGGACCGACUCAACGGGCGACAAGUAUUCCCGACUUGCUGGCAAUGAAAUUAAGCGUAAAGUUUUCUCAUCGAAUUUGGUUGGCUUUCUAAAACGCAAUGGCUUCGCGGGCUUGCAUUUGGAUUGGAAUUAUCCAAAAUGUUGGCAGAGCGACUGCUCCAAGGGGCCGUCGAGCGAUAAACCCAACUUGACCAAACUACUGCGUGAGAUACGAAACGAAUUCGACCGCGUCGACAAGAAGUUGCAACUUGGUGUUGCGCUAUCGGGCUAUAAAGAGAUCAUUACCGAGGCGUAUGAGCUCGCGGAAAUAUCAAAGAUAGUUGACUACAUGACCGUUAUGACGUACGAUUAUCAUGGCGCGUGGGAAGGACGCACUGGUCAUGUCAGUCCACUCUACGGACGGAAAGGUGACCGCUACCCGCAAUAUAAUACGGACUACGCCAUGCAACUUUUGGUCAAGUCUGGCGCCAAGCGUGAAAAGCUCAUUAUGGGUAUACCAUUUUACGGGCAAUCAUUCACGCUCGAACGUGCCAGCACCUCUUUGGUGGGUGAGGGUGUAGCCACGUCUGCACCUGGCGAGCCGGGCGAAUUCACCAAGCAGCCAGGUAUGUUGGCAUAUUACGAAAUUUGUCAUCGCAUACGCAAGGACAAAUGGCUCACCGGCCGUGAUGUCGAACGCAAGUCGGGCCCCUAUGCCAUGUUGCGCAAUCAGUGGGUCGGCUAUGAGGACCCUGCUUCAGUAGAAGCAAAGGCUCGAUAUGCCGCAAAUAAUGACUUUGGUGGCGUUGCGGCGUGGACUGUAGAUUUGGACGAUUUCCAGAAUCGCUGCUGUAGCGAAUCUUUCCCACUACUCAAAGCAAUUAAUCGCGCGCUUGGGUUACUAAACAGCGAACCGCCGACUCGCGGGAAUUGUGCGCGCCCAUCCGCGCCGGUUACUCCUGUACCGCCAGUCAUGACGACAGUAAGUAGCGAUGGUUCUCCUGGUAGCACGAUUUCGCCACAGCAUGACCAUAUAACAUCAACUACGCCAAUCACCUGGUGGCCAACAAGCAGUUCCACAUCGACCACACCUUGGUGGACGCCCACAUCUACUACACCAGCUCCAACAACGACGACCAGACGGACAACAACGACCACCAGAGCUACAACGACAACAAGCACUACCACCACAAGACGCCCGACGGUACAGUCAACAACAUCGCGUCGCCCCCACCGUCCUGAACACACCACAAUACCAUCACCGGCAGUUGUGCGCCCAGUUGUGCAAGCCUCAAACUGCCAGCCAGGCCAAUUCUAUGCCGAUCGCUACAACUGCAAUGCCUACUAUCAGUGCAUCCAACCCGGUGAGCUGCAUCAACAAUUCUGUCCUGGUGGACUGCACUGGAAUGAUCAGAACAAGAGCUGUGACUGGCCUGCCUCGGCAAAAUGUUCGGAAAGAAACAAGCCCGUUGCAACAGCGCAUUCAGCUACUACUCGACCCACAAAAUUACCUGGAACAACAGCCCGUGCACCCACCAAGCGUACAACCACCAGUUAUGCAACAACACGCGUGCCCAAUCGCACCACGCGACCCGCCACUACAGUAGCCCCUACAGCUCUGGCGACAACUUCAAGCAAACCAACGAAAAAACCUUCAAGCAAACCAUCGCGCAAGCCCACGCCACAGAAACCACAAAGACCUAGCAAACCUCAGCGGCCAAACGCAAAGUGUAACAAUGGCGAAUACUACACACAUAAGAAAUGUGAUCAGUACUACAUUUGUAUAAAUGGUGCAUUGGUGCCGAAUUCGUGCGGAGGCGAUCUACACUGGGAUGCUAUUCGCCAGACUUGCGAUUGGCCCGAAAACGUGCAGUGCAUCACAACCAAGCAGUACUUCCGUAUUGUGAAGUCACAAGCGCUGCGUUCGGGCAAUCCAGUGGCUCUGCGCAACUCAAACCCCAGCGAUCCCUGCGAUGGCGAAGAACGUGUUGCCUAUCCUGGUGAUUGCUCGAAAUACCUAUUCUGUCUAUGGAAUCGCUUACAAGGCAGUGACUGUCCUCCCGGUUUGCACUUUAAUGAAGCGAUUAGAAACUGUGAUUGGCCACAAUCGGCGCAGUGCACGCAAGAUGAGGGUGGCCAAGGCGCGGGUGAAAUUGAGAGUCUCGAGCCUGGUGUAAAUGAAAUCUCACAAGGAGGUCCGGUCGUAGUAAAACCAAAACCAACUAAGCGUCCCGCGCCUACCACCACUACGACGACGACACGUGUACCUCGACCCACCUAUCCAACAGAUAAGCCAAUAUUGGCGCCACUAGAUGGCUAUUACAAGGUAGUUUGUUACUUUACUAAUUGGGCUUGGUAUCGCAAGGGCGUGGGACGUUACACACCCGACGACAUCAAUACAGACUUGUGUACGCACAUCGUCUAUGGCUUUGCCGUGCUUGACUAUUCAAAUCUAGUGCUACGCACACACGACUCUUGGGCGGAUAUCGACAAUAACUUCUACACACGCGUCAGCGGUUUGCGUAGCAAGGGUGUAAAAGUGAGUCUUGCCUUGGGUGGCUGGAACGAUUCGCAGGGUGACAAAUAUAGCAGGCUUGUAAGGAAUCCUACUGCCAGAGCACGUUUUGUCAAGCAUGCGAUCGAUUUCCUGGAGAAGUAUGGCUUUGAAGGUCUUGACCUCGACUGGGAAUACCCUGUGUGCUGGCAGACGGAUUGUAAAAAGGGUGUGUCGGAUGAAAAAGAAGCAUUUACUGCUUUGGUACGUGAACUCUCCGAGGAGUUCAAACCACGCGGUUUACUACUCUCGACAGCGGUCUCACCAAGCAAGAAGAUCAUUGACGCUGGUUACGACGUGCCGCAACUGGCUGAAUACUUCGAUUGGAUUGCAGUAAUGACCUACGACUUCCAUGGCCAAUGGGAUAAGAAGACUGGACAUGUUGCGCCGCUUUUCUACCAUCCGGAAGAUGAAAUCGACUACUUCAAUGCUAAUUUCUCGCUGAACUAUUGGAUUGAAAAGGGCGCGCCCUCACGCAAAAUUGUUAUGGGCAUGCCAUUGUACGGUCAGUCAUUCACGCUCGAGAAUGUCAAGACAAAUGGUCUCAAUGCCAAAGCACCUGGUCCUGGUAAAGCGGGCGAGUUUACGCGCGCUGCUGGCUUCCUGGCUUAUUACGAAAUUUGCGACCGCAUCAAGAACGAUGGCUGGGAGGUCAUACAGGACGAACAAGGCCGCAUGGGUCCAUAUGCGCGCAAGGGCACACAAUGGGUCUCGUUCGACGACCCGCCUAUGAUACGCAAGAAGUCGCAGUUGAUACGUGCACUGGAUCUGGGUGGUGGCAUGGUGUGGGCUUUGGACUUGGAUGACUUCCGUAAUCGUUGUGGAGAUGGCGUACACCCGCUACUAACACAAAUACAUGAUGUGUUGAAGGAUCCCCCAAAGGAAUACGAAGAAAUGCCUGGUGUUACUGCCAAUGAUCCAGUAGCACCCAAUACAGAAACCGAGUCGGGCGAAGACCUAAACACCAUUGAAGGGUCUGUCGCACCUGAAGAGAUAGAGACCGGCUUGGCUGAGGAAAAUGUUAUCGAUCCCAAUGGUGAUGUCGAAGAAGUAUCUGCGUCAGCGGAGCUAGGCGAACAAGCAGGUACAGGUACUGGCACCAUUAUAGGCACCGCCACAGGCACCGGCACGGCCGUGGAGAGUGGAACUCAACCUAGCGACUUCAAGGUGGUUUGCUAUUUCACUAACUGGGCCUGGUACCGUCAAAAUGGCGGAAAAUUCUUGCCCGAAGACAUCGAUCCCGACCUAUGUACACACAUCGUCUACGGUUUUGCUGUACUGAACCGGGAAUCCCUUACCAUACAACCACAUGAUUCUUGGGCUGAUUUGGACAACAAGUUCUAUGAGCGCGUGGUGGCCUUCCGCAAGAAGGGUAUCAAAGUGACCGUUGCGAUUGGUGGUUGGAAUGAUUCCGCUGGUGAUAAGUACUCCCGUUUGGUACGCAAUGCUGCGGCGAGAGCGCGUUUCAUAAAUCAUAUUAUUGACUUUAUUCAAAAGUACGGAUUUGAUGGUCUCGAUUUGGACUGGGAAUAUCCAGUUUGUUGGCAAGUGGAUUGCAAAAAGGGCACAUCGGACGAAAAGGAUGCGUUCACUGCGCUGGUGCGCGAACUCUCGCAGGCAUUCAAACCACAGGGUCUUCUCUUAUCUUCAGCCGUCUCACCCAACAAGAAAGUCAUCGACGCCGGCUAUGAUGUGCCAUCUCUCUCACGUUAUUUCGACUGGAUCGCAGUUAUGACUUAUGACUUCCAUGGGCAAUGGGACAAGAAAACCGGACACGUUGCACCUAUGUACGAUCAUCCUGCUGGCACGGAAACAUUCAACGCUAACUUCUCGAUUAACUACUGGCUGCAGAGCGGCGCCGAUCGUCAGAAAAUUAUCAUGGGCAUGCCGAUGUAUGGACAGUCGUUCUCGCUAGCACAAGCAUCGGAUCAUGACUUGAAUGCGCCUACCUACGGUGGCGGUGAAGCCGGCGAAGCGACACGUGCGCGUGGUUUCCUCGCCUACUAUGAAAUUUGCUCGUAUAUUCGCAAACGUGGUUGGAGUGUGGUGCGUGAUCCACGUGGUCGCAUGGGACCCUAUGCCUUCCAACGCGAUCAGUGGGUCUCAUUCGAUGAUGUUUCGAUGAUAAGGCAUAAGAGUGAGUUUGUGCGCGCGAUGGGAUUGGGUGGUGCUAUGAUUUGGGCGCUGGAUUUGGAUGACUUUAAAAACGUUUGUGGAUGCGAGUCUUAUCCGCUGCUGAAAACAAUUAAUCGCGUUCUGCGAAACUACCCCGGACCAGCACCAAAGUGUGUGCUAGAGCUGAAGGACAACACCAUGAUCGCCUCAGAUAAGGGUCCAUCGCAAGCGUACUCGGCGAAACCGAAACCGGUUGAAACUACGCGCCCCACAUACUCCAGUCAACCUAUCGAAACUGCAGAGCCACUUGCGAUCGCUGCAUUAGAGGACUUCGGUGAAGAGGAAACUAAACCAUGUAAUGGAAGAAACUUUGCGCCACACGAGCGUGACUGCAAUAAAUAUUACAUUUGUCAGUUUGAAAAACUAAUCGAACAGAGGUGCCCCGCAGGCUUGCAUUGGAAUGAGUUUUACUGUGAUUGGCCGCUAAACUCGAAGUGUUUCAUGCGUCAAGAGGCAACCACCGGGCGUCCGAGACCCACCGCCGCAACGACGAAACGCCCGCAGCCUACGAAAGCUACAAGUCGGCCUAAGCCUGUAGCUUCUACAUCGGCGCCACGUCCUACAAAGCCAACUAAAAAGCCCUCAAAGCUACCUGAUAAGAAGCCAACUGCGCGUCCAAAACCACCAACAUUGCCGCCCAUUAAUAGGAGUGGCGACUAUAAAGUCGUCUGCUACUUUACAAACUGGGCCUGGUAUCGUCCGAGUGAUGGCAAAUAUUUGCCCGAGGAUAUCGAUGAAAACCUCUGCACGCAUAUCGUUUAUGGUUUUGCUGUGCUCAACUCUGAAACACUGACCAUACGAACGCACGACUCAUGGGCCGAUAUCGAUAAUCAUUUUUACGAGCGCGUUGUUGCUUACAAAAGUAAAGGUAUUCGUGUGACCAUCGCCAUUGGCGGUUGGAAUGACUCACUGGGCAGCAAAUAUGCGCGCUUGGUAUUAGAUUCGGGCGCACGCGCGCGCUUUAUACAAAGCAUACUUACUUUCAUUGACAAAUACGGCUUUGAAGGUCUCGACUUGGAUUGGGAAUAUCCCGUAUGCUGGCAAGUCGACUGCACAAAGGGUGCGCCUGCAGAAAAAGAAGCUUUUGCGGCACUGGUACGCGAACUUUCGGCUGCUUUUAAGCCGCGUGAUCUUCUGCUCUCUGCUGCCGUCUCGCCCAGCAAAAAGGUUAUCGAUGCCGGUUAUGAUGUGUCACAAUUGGCGCGUUACUUCGAUUGGAUAGCUGUUAUGACAUAUGAUUUCCAUGGCAACUGGGAUAAACAGACUGGACAUGUGGCACCGCUGUACUAUGUUGAUGGCGAUACUAAUGAAUAUUUCAAUGCCAACUUCAGCAUAAAUUAUUGGUUAGAGAAAGGUACACCACGUGAGAAGCUCAUCAUGGGUAUGCCACUCUAUGGACAGUCCUUCACACUGGCUGAUGUUCAACAACGCGGUCUUAACACCAAAUCAACUGGUCCUGGCCAGGCGGGAGCAUUCACGCGCGCAGCUGGUUUCCUCGCCUACUACGAGAUAUGUGAGAAGGUAAAUAACGGUGGUUGGUCGGUGAUACGAGACGCGCAGGGACGUAUUGGUCCAUAUGCCUACAAUGGCAAUCAAUGGGUCUCGUACGACGACGUAUCGGAUAUACGGCGAAAGGCACAGUUCGUGAAGAGUUUGGGUCUAGGAGGUGGUAUGGUUUGGGCUUUGGAUUUGGACGAUUUCCGAGGGCGUUGCGGUUGCGGUAAACAUCCGCUGCUGCGCACACUUACGCAAGAACUGCGUGGCAUACCGGGCCAGAGAGCGCACGAUUGCACGUAAAGGACAAAGGUGCUUGGUGCCUACGAAUCUACGGAUAUGGAACAUACUCAUAGCUAAAAAAAAAAAUUACUUGUGCCACUUAUUUAUGAAACAUAAAAAUUAGCGAAGAAAUAAAAUCAUAAUUACGAUUUA